GCGCGCUGCCAGUGUGCUUUUUGGACACGGAAGUUCAUUGAAGAAAAAAAGAUGUCGUCUCGCUGUUUGAUGUAAACAAAGACUUGGGGAUAAUAACUCUCUUUUUUUGAAGACUUCGGAAUAAUAACGCUUGUUUUUGAAGUCCAAGUGGAAGCAAACACAACAGUAGGCCUCAAGAUGCAUGUUGAAAACGUGUUUUAGCUCAGUGGGGCAGAGCCAGAGAUGGCGGGACGCGGCCGCGGGCGGGGCCGCAGGACGAUGACGUUCAACGUGGAGGCCGUCGGGAUCAACAAGGGAGACACUCUGCCUCCGUCCACCCAGCAGCCCACGCCGCUGUUCCCUGCUUUGGAGCACAAGCCCCUCCCCCUGUCAGGAGGCGAGGAGGCCGAGUAUCUGUUGGCCCUGAAACAGGAGUUCAGAGGCGCCAUGAGGACCCUGCCCUUCUUCAUCCAGCCCGACUGUGCCCGCACAGGUCAGAGGUCACAUGCGGAUGUGGAACGAUACUCUGACAAAUAUCACAGCAGCGAACAGGCCGACGCUUUGACGAGCUGGAUGCCAGACUGGAAGAGAUUCCCAAAAGAGCUGAGGUUGCGUGUCAGGAAAACACCAAAAAAAGGUGCGUCCAAAGUGGUUGUGGUGACACAAAGAGUUCAGGCUGAAGAGCAGAAAAAAGCAGUAGAAGAAAAAAAGGAGGUUCUCCUCAAACUGGAGACGCUGCAGGGCGAGGAGCAGCAGAGCUCGGAGGAUGAGGAGCAGCAGGAGAAGAAAGAGGAGGAUCAGGAGCCGGAGGAAGAGUAUGACGAGGAGGAGCUGGAGGAGGAGACGGACUACAUAAUGUCCUACUUUGACAACGGCGAGGACUUUGGCGGGGAUAGUGACGACAACAUGGAGGAGGCAGUUUACUGAAAUGUUUGUGGCCUUGUGGGUUUAAUGGCGAUUGUCAAUUUUAAGUCAAGAUUUUAAACGUUUUUCAAAGGGAUGUUUUUUUAUAGUUUUGAUUGUUGUACACUUUGUGACUUUUUACCUAAGUGGAGUAAAAAAAAAUUAAUGGAAACUU